AAGAUAAUAGCAUAAUUAAAAAAUAUAUAUUUUUGAAAAUCUGUAAGGUUACAUUCAUGUUUUUUUUUGUUCUGCACUGACGUUUUAAAAUCAAUCUUGCGCGCCAGGUUUUUAAAUGACCCGCUUUCACUUUCCUCCCUUUCUCACACAGACACAGCAGCUAGUUUAAGAACAGGCGCAAAGCUCAACGCGCCAGCUCAGUCUAAGCAAUUGAAGCAGGAACACGUAUCAGCUGGUAGCAGAACAAGACUGAUGAAUCAAUAGUUUACAUAAUUUGUAAAUCGUCUAGUUGUUAAAUCGGGGAACAAUAUAUCCAAGUGUACUGAACUGUUGGAGCUUUCGUUAAAAACUUUUUUAAAAAGAAAUAUUAAAAGGAGACACAUCUAAGGAUAUAUUUCUCCGUGUAAAGUGUUCUUUUAAGGAUAUAAUGUCAAGAAAGUGCGUGCAGAUUGAGAUUAAGACGACUACAAAGAAUGAAGUGACCAAAGAGAGUGCACGUUCUAGAAAAAGAAAAGCAGAUGUUGCUAUUUACUUGCAGGACCCAGAUGAAGAAGUAGCUGAGAUGACAAAGAAAAAACAAUAUGAAAUUCAGACCUGUUGGAAUUCUGCCACAGGAUGCACAAGUCCAUGCAGGCUUAUUCCCACACCCGACAAAGAAGUAGAUGAACCAGUUGUAAUGCGUACAGGAAGCUGCAUGCAGUAUAGGUUUAAAAACAUCUUCGUCACUCCUGUAAGGGCUUCUCCACUACCAGUUCUGGGCUGGGCCAACAAAGAUGAUGUGUGGAAUAACUUGCUUAAGAAAGACAAGACAUACCUGCGUGACAAACACUUUAUGGAAAGGCAUCCACAUCUCCAACCAAAAAUGAGAGCCAUACUACUUGACUGGCUAAUGGAGGUAUGUGAGGUCUACAAACUUCACAGGGAAACAUUUUACUUGGCCCAAGAUUUCUUUGACCGGUUUAUGGCAACACAGACUGACGUUGUGAAAACCCGGUUACAGCUAAUCGGCAUUGCCUCGCUGUUUGUUGCUGCGAAGUUGGAGGAAAUAUAUCCUCCCAAACUGCACCAGUUUACCUAUGUUACUGAUGGUGCUUGUACAGAAGAUGAAAUCCUUGAUAUGGAGCUUAUAGUAAUGAAGGAGUUGAAGUGGAGUUUGAGUCCCUUGACGACUUUAUCCUGGCUCAACAUUUACAUGCAAGUUGCAUACCUGAAGGAAAACACAGAAACAAGCAAACUGUUGAUUCCACACUAUCCACAGGCAACAUUUGUGCAAAUAGCAGAGCUUAUAGACCUGUGUGUGCUGGAUGUCGGGUGUUUGGAAUAUGCAUAUGGAGUGCUAGCUGCGUCAGCUUUGUUUCACUUUUCGUCAAUUGAACUUGUGCAGAAAGUUUCAGGUUUUGAAUGGAGAGACAUUGAAGAGUGUGUGAGGUGGAUGGUUCCCUUUGCCAUGUCAAUAAGGGAAGUGGGCAGCUCUGGAUUAAAGAAGUUCAAAGGCAUCUCUCCAGAGGACACGCACAAUAUACAGACUCAUUCUGUUCUCCUGGAGUGGCUGGACAGAGCUUCUGCUCAUCGGGCAGUCUGUUCGGAAAAGGGCCGAAACUCUCCAGUGCCCUCUGGCGUUCUCACCCCUCCUCAGAGUAGCGAGAAAACUGAGAUGCUGAAGUCCUGAGUGAACUGGAAUCCAGACAUGUGACCUGAAAGAAUACACACCAGAAACCACAGUCUUUUAUAUAUUUAAAAAAAAAAAAAAAAAAAAAAAAAACAGAAUUUAAGUAUUUUGCCUUUUAAUGUGGGAUAAAUUAUUUCAUCAUUUAAUUUUUUUUUUUUUUUUAAUAUAAUGGUAAUUGAGUGGAGUUAUGGGGCCAUUUUCUGUCAAAACUGAAUCUUAAAUUACUUGACAUUUUAGUGCCAAUGGGACCAAGUGCACCACCAGUCACAUAUUUAGAGCGCAGUUCUUUGCUCUGGAUGCUGCUAUAGAUGGUGGAACUUGACAGAUGGGCUGCCAGUAGGGAUCAAAUCUUGGCAAGGAUUACAUGGACAUUUGGUCUUUUUGGGCUUCAAGGGCUGUUGGACACAUUUUGACAAAUGUGCAUGCUGAAGAGACCAGAAAGUCAGCAUGAUAAGCAAUAUAAAAUAUGGACAAGGGUUUAUAGAUUUUCUUUUUUUUCCCCACCAGAGUAUUGGUUUACCAAAUUAUAAUACAUUUUUAUGAUAUAAGUGCUGCUACCUUGCUGUAUGUUAUUUUUAAAUAAAGAUACUGUCUCAGACAGUUUUUUAAGUUGUACUAUGUGUGAACUGAUUUAAGUUUGUAUGACUGCUUUUCAGUGUGCUAUCAGUGCAUUAAGGUUAAUAUAGUUUUCUACUUUACUAAUGGUUUCGACUCUUGAACUAAACUGUCUAAUUGUGUGGAAAUUGUAUUAUGAACAACUUUGUUACCAGAUUUAAUUCCAUGGCAGCUGCAUUAACACAAUUUCCAUUUAGUUUCACUUUGCUGCCAGUGCUUGCCCUUUCAGAGUAUGAAACCAAAGCAAUGGUAUGAAAAUGUGUUUUGAUAUAACAUUUUUUCAAAACGCAGAAGCAGCCAUGUAUAUGUAUAUUUUAACAUAACAAACAUUUACAUAUGAAAAGCAGUAACUUGGUGAUCCUUGUUAACACAUAUCAGGCCAGCAUAGACCAAGGCCUAGCGUAGAGUUGUUAGCAACAACCUACAGACAGCUAAUAGUGCUAAACUUAAUGCAGAAUGCAAACAGUGUUUGGUUCCUAAGUGCCUAUCAAUGAAAUACUGUGCUUAAAUAAUACUUUGCUGGUGUUUCUUUGCCUAUGAGGCUGACCUGGAUUGAAAUGUAUAGGAUUUAUUGUGUCAAUAUAAAUUACACUUGAUUGUACUAUGGUAGUAUUUUAGCAGUAUUAACAAUAAAAAGCAUAUCUCUGUGAGCUUUUCCAUAUGUCUGGAAAGUGGUGGGUAUUUCUAGUUUAGCUAUGCUGAAAAAUGUAUCCAUUACAGCAUAGCAAAUUGAUAUUGAUGAAAACGGAUGUUUAGUUACAUACAGCAUGCUUAUUUUACCAAAAGCUCUUAUGUUUGGUCAAAAAAAUUACUGAUGAAGCAAAAAACAUUUAAAUCCCACGAUACCGCAAUAUAGAAAUUGGCGACAUAAAAAAUAUUGAUAUUGGGUGCUGAUCACUAGUUUUUACAUGGUUAUGUAUGCACCAUUCCUCUUGUGUGCACACUGAUUAUUAUACAUCAGCAGAGCAUAAGAGUCCUGACAAAAUCUCAAUUUAAAAUGGUGUGUUCUGAAUUAUAAGAAUGUCUCAUUACCACUGCUCUGGAUCAGUUGCAACGAAUUUUAACAUUGCAAUGAUCCACUAGAUGUCACCACUUGCGUGCCUAAAAAAGGCUUGCAUGCUUUAGGACUGCUGACAUGUGGGCACAGAUUUCUUUAGCAGGCGAAGAGUUAGAUAUUUUAGAGAUUUGUAUUUUACCAACUAGUCCCUUUACAGCCUAUAUCAGCGUGAUAUUCAUCACAAUUCUGAUCUAUCAAAGGCUUUAUCGGGAGGACACUAACCAAUUUGAUGAGAUAUUCCACAAGCUGUGGGUGCUCACAGACACAUUUGCAUUGACUUGACCUGUAGUGUGUAUCUUUUAAAGUAUCAUUGGCAGAAGCAGUGCCUGUCCAUGGUGGUCCAAGACUAUAAUGUUAUGGUGAAGAUAAUUUAACC